AUGACAACUAAGGCGGAAUUUCCGAAGGGCGACGUCUACAUAAAGUCGGCUGCUUCUCCCUCGGGAACUUCACUCACCUCCCCUGCUUCCCAGAACUAUGUCCUUGAUACAGAUAAAGGAUUUUUCUGGACAGCACCAAAGGACGGUACGAAAAUUGCACUGCAAAAACAAAAAAGUGACACAGCUCACGACCCGGCUCAACUUUGGCACUAUGAAGACGGCUGGAUUGUUAACAAGGCGAAUGGCUUGGUUCUUGAAGCAGAAAAUGGUAAAGUUGGCAAUCGUCUUAUUCUUUUCCACAAGAGAAAUGCCAAUAUGGCGCAAAAUCAACGGUGGGAAAUCACCAAAGAUGGUUGGAUCGCUUUGCAAAGUCAAAAGAAAUAUGUGUUGGAAGUAAAAGGAAACAGCGUAAAAGAAGGUUCCAGUGUCAUUCUUUCCGACUCCACUGCUAAGGGAUUCGGUAAAGAUAAGACGAGUAGUUGGAUUCUCAUGCCUGUUGGAAAGAAAUCGGCAGCUAGAGGUAAAGCUAUCGGUGUUAUUAAGUUGGAAAUAGUGAACGCUAGAGAUUUAAAAAACGUAGAUUCUUGGGCCGGAGGAGGGAAAUCCGACCCUUAUGUCAUAGUUUAUGCACCGGGUACUAAAGAACAAAUCGUCAAAACCAAAACAAUCGAUAAUGAUUUGAAUCCUGUUUGGAAUGAAACAUUCUAUAUCCCGGUAACACACAUUGGUGAAAAAUUUACCAUUGAAGUAUUUGAUGAAAAUACAUUCACGAAAGACAAAACUCUUGGCACUGCAAUAUUCGAAGUUAAAUCAGAACUCGUUAAACAACUAACUGAUGGAUCAUAUCAAGGCAGCGAAAAAGGAAUUGAUGCCUGGGUUAAUCUUACUGUCAAGGGUCAACUUCAUUAUAAAGCAAAGUUCUUCCCAUUGUCUUCUGCUCCCGCACCGGGGCAAGAUUUCAUUAAGAACCUUAAAACUAAACCAUACGACAUCAACGUUUUCUAUUCGCUCGUUUCUCUUCAAUCUUCAAAUGGUAGCUUUGAGCCAUCAGACAAUUUAGCGAAAUUAUUCGGUUAUGAGACUAAGGAAGAACUUCUCGAUUUAUUCAAGUCGAAUGCUAAAGUUUCUCAUAACGAAGAACGUGUCUUAAAGACAAAACAAAUUUUAUGGACUACAAGUUUGGUUCUUUGGUUCUUGCGAUAUAUGUUAAGAGCCUAUCGUUCCGAAUGGGCAUCGUUGUAUGAUCGUGCUGAACAAUAUAUUAGUAGAGAAGUUAAUGGAGAUCUUGAACUCGAAGAGUCGAUUAUCAAAAUCGGAAGGGAAUCUAUUCGAACAAGAUUUGAAGUUAACGUGCGCGAUGAAUAUAUUGUGAAGCUCGGUGUAACGCGUGAAACCAUGACAGUCGAACAUAUUAAAGCAUCAUUUAAACACCAAACUAAGCUUGGCUCGUUUCUUCUCACCGACGAACUUGCCAAAAUCCUUAAUUUCAAUAAUGCGGAUGCCCUUCGUAACGAGAUCGGUUCUUUUGUUCAAAAAAGUUCAAGAAGUACCAGAUUAGCGAGUUUAGAAACGCAAGUUUGGAUCACUAUCUUGGUCCUCUAUUAUUAUCGUUAUGUGGCGGUAGAUCAAAAAAAUGAAUGGAUAAUACAGUAUGAAAUUGCUUACACUUGGCUUUGGGGUCAAUUUAAAGGCAAAGAAAUGCUUGAAAAUGAAGCUUUCACGCUUGUUCAAUCAUUCGCUAAAACUCAUUAUAAAGUCCAAGAUGAUGUUUGGAAAUUGGAUGAAAAAUUCGAAGCUGAAUUUAGUGAAAUUAAACUUGCGGUUCAUGCUGGACGACGUAUAGGUCAUGAUGGCAAACUUUUACAGUUAUCAAAACCAUUGGGUAUCGCACGUAUUCAUCUCGAAAGUGCCAGAAAACUUCGUUCUGCUGAUUCUUGGUUUACCGGUGGCGCUUCUGAUCCUUAUGCCAUUAUCACCGAUUUGGCUUCCGGUUGGCAAUACGGUGAAACACGUGUUAUAUAUAAUGAAUUGAAUCCUAAAUGGGAUCAAGUUUUCUUUAUUCCUAUCUACGAACUCAAUCAAAAGUUCCAGAUAAUCGUUAAUGACUACAACGCCUUCUUCAAACAUGAACUUUUGGGUAGUUACGUGUUAGAUGUGAAAGAUUUUGUUAUGCGUCGUGCUGAUGGUACUAUUAACGGGAAGAAAUUGGAUAGUUGGGCUAAAUUGAUCUAUAAGAAAACACCAAAAGGUCAAUUGCACAUAAUCGCCGAUUUCUUCCCCACUGUCGAUUUAUCUGAAAAAAUUGAAAUAUCUCAAAGCACAGUUCAAUUGAGUCAUCUUCAUCUUAUCAUCACUCUUCAGAAACAAAAUGGAUCUUUUGAACUUAAUGACGAUAUCGCAAAGUUAUUCAAUUUCUCCAGUUCCCAGGAAUUGAUCGAAUCUUUCCAAUCUCACAUUCAGACCGAUUCACAACUUGUCACCUUAAACAAAAACAUUUUGAUGACUGUUCUUAUCACUUCGCUCUUCAAAACUCUCUUUUGGAAACACAGAACAGAGUGGACAACAUGUUAUUCAAAGAGUGAAUCUUGGUUAAGUGAGAGCAUUAACAAUGUUGCAAUCGAAGACAAAUUAUACGCGUACUCUAAUAGCUAUGUAUUAAAACGAUUCAAUGUUACUACUUUUGAAAGUGAUGAACACAAAUCGAGCUUAUAUACAACAGUUACAAGAACUGUCACUAAAUAUACGCGUACUACUAUUACCGAUGUGCGUAUCGUACGUCGUAUCAUCUCUUACCAAAAGGGACAUGGUGGAUUUGAACUUGAUACAGAAUUGGCUGAAUCACUUGGCUUUAAUUCAGUCGAAGAAGCUCAUCAACACAUUUCUGGGCAUUUCUCCUCUUCUAACGUUAAAAAAGUUGAUAUCAAUGUUUGGACUACUGCCGUGUUACUUUGGUAUCUCCGUUUUGUUCUAGUCGACUAUCGUGUUGAAUGGGUCGACAAAUAUACCAAAGCAUCAACAUGGAUCACUGAAAAUAUCAAAAACGAAGAGAUCGAAAAAGAAGUUUAUGAAGCUGCUAGAACUUAUGUCAUCAAACGAUUUGAAGUCGAUGAAACAUCUAUCCAAGAAGAUAAAUCGUUUGAAAAGACUUUGACAAUGAGUGUAGAUACGAGCGUCAAUGUUGAAAUACCAGAAUCUGAGCCAGAAACCAAUAUAACGGGAUACAAUGUUGAUGAAGUUAUCGGCCUUGUCAAAAUUAAACUUGAUCGUGCUAAAGAGGUCAAGAAAGCAAGUUUCAUCACUGGUGGACAUACAGAUCCUUAUGUGAAGAUUCUUGACGAGACUUCAAAAGAAGUUGCUCGCACAAAAGCAGCUCAUUCGACCACAGAUCCUGUUUGGGAAGAAGUUCAUUUUAUUCCAAUUCAUCGUGUUGGCGAAAAAAUUUCUCUUGAAAUUCUAGAUUCUAAUUUAUUCGUGUCCGAUGCUGUACUCGGUUACCUGACCAUUGACACCAAUGAUUUGGUAGCCCAAGUUGAAGAAGGAAAAUUUGAAAGUUUGAAUCCUGUGGAUAAAUGGGAAAGUAUUUUACUCGUUUCGGGUGAAGGUGCACAAGGCGAAUUGCACUAUGAAGCGCAAUUCUACCCAACUGGCUUUACAUGGGAAGAAGGUUUCGUAUUCAAAAAAGAAACAAUAAAGAUUGAACACCUUUACACUCUAAUCAGUCUUCGGGAAAGUCAGGGUUCAUUCGAUUUCUCCAAUAAUCUGGCAAAUUAUUUCAACUUUAAAUCUGAGAAUGAUUUCUUUGACGAUUUUAAAGCACAAGUGACACAUGAUGAACGUUUGAUUUCUUUGGAUAUUUCUGUAUGGUCGACUGCACUCGCCAUCACAUAUAUAAAAUUAUUAUUCUGGGAACAUAAAAGUGAAUGGAGUCAAGUUGUUUCACAUAGUGAACAGUGGGUGACUCAACAAGUCUAUGAUGUGGAACUGGAGGACCGAUUAUACGAGAUUACUAAAAAAUACGUCAUUAGACGUUUCGAUAUCACCGAAAUCUCUAGAUUUUUUUCCUUGGAACAAAAUACUGCUGAAUUCUUCGGCUAUCAAAGUUCUGAAGCGUUCGUAACUCACCUCAAGAGUUACUUCAAGUCCGAACACGUGUCAGAGACACACAUCAAAGUUGUGACCACCGCUGUCAGCAUUUAUUAUUUGAGAUUAGUUGCCGGUGAUUACCGUAACAAUUGGGUGGAGGAAUACGAAAAGUCUUCGGAAUGGUUAAAACUCCAAUUCAAAGGAAAUACUCAACUUGAAAAGGAAAUCCAUGAAAGUGCCAAAAAAUUUGUCGUCGAAAAUUAUCAAGUUGAGCAAGAAGAUCUUGAGGCUGAUGUUAGUUUUAUAUCUGGCAUCGAAACAAAGAAAGAGCAAAUUGAGAUCGAAAAUGAAGAUCUUACCUCUGAGGCGGUAGAAAAGAAACAAUGGAAAUCAGAUUACACCGAAGAACAAAGAGUCGCUCUUAUUGCUAUUCAGACCUCGCAUACCGUCGAAAAGACUCAAUCCAUUUUGACCUAUUUCAGAAAAGAAGGUCAUUUCGAAUUGAGUGAUGUGAUAUCUAAAAAACUCGAAGUUACUUCCCAUACAUUGAUCACGUCUAUUCAUUCGUACGAUGUUAGCGAAAAAAUUAAGACUUCGGUUAAUGAAGCUGUGUGGACAACGGCAAUUACUCUUAAUUACCUCAAGAUUGCUGCCGCACAUCACGAAGCUCAUUGGAAAAAACAAUAUGAAUAUUCACUUAAUUGGUUGCAUGAACAAAUUAAUGACACAGAAAUUGAAAAAGAGGUUUUGGAAGUCUCGCGUCGAUUCGUUAUCGAACGUUCGACAACAAGGGUAAUUCGCAAGCAAUCACAAACUACUGUUGUCCAAAUUCAAACAUCUCAUACGGUCGAGAAAACAAAAACCAUUGUAUCAUCACAUAAACAAGAAGGUCAUUUCGAAUUGUGUCAUGUAAUCGCUAAAAAACUCGAAAUAUCAUCCGAAAAACUGGUUUCUUCGAUACAUUCGAUUGGUGUCAGCGAACGCGUUAAAUCAGUUACACAAGAAGCUAUAUGGUCUACCGCUAUCACCCUUAAUUAUCUGAAGAUUUCCGCAGCAAACCAUGAACAAAUCUGGAAGGAAAAAUAUGAGCAUGCCAGUAAAUGGUUAAGCACACAAAUUAACAACGCAGAAAUUGAAAAAGAAGUAUUAGAAACCUCUUAUAAAUAUGUUAUUACUAGGGCAACUCAAAAAAUUGCCCGUAAACAACGUGCCGCUGCUAUUAUUCAUUUGGAAUCAAAAACAACUGUGGAAACCACUCAAACAAUCAUUUCUUCACAAAAAACCGAAGGAUACUUCACAUUCAAUGAGGUAAUCGCGAAAAGACUUGAAGUCACUUCUUCGGAAACCUUAAUUUCCUCCAUCCACUCGUAUGGAAUAAGCGAAGAAUUAAAGAAUUCGGCUCAAACCAUCUGGUGGACAACCGCAGUAGCCUUAAGCUAUCUCCAAUUAUCUGCAGCUCGUCAUGAAGCUCAUUGGCAAGCGAACUACGAAAAAGCAAGAAAAUGGCUAAGUAUCCAAAUCAAUAAUGCAAAAUUAGAAGCUGAAUUAAUUGAAGUCUCCAGUAAAUAUGUAUUGGAGAAGGCCACCCAUAGAGUAAUUCGAAAACAAAGAAAAUCCGAGAAGCAGACCUCGCUUACUUAUCUUCAAUCCAAAACAACCAUCGAAACUACAAAUUCUGUCAUCUCAUCUCAGAAAGAAGAUGGCUCAAUUGAAUUGAAUAAAGAGGUUUCUGAACAUCUCGAAGUAACAUCCGAGACUUUAAUCGCAACUACCCAGACUUAUGCAAUCAGCGAGACGCUCAAAAAAUCGACCGACAUCUCGUUGUGGUCAACUGCCAUUUCGCUUAGUUAUCUUCAAGUCGUUUGCUCCUCUUACGAGGCUCAUUGGAAGGAAAAAUAUCAGAUCUCCAGAAAAUAUUUGAGUGAAAAAAUUCAAGAUGCAAAAUUGGAAGAGGAAAUAUUGAAGGCAUCCUAUAAAUUAGUAAUCGAAAAAACAACGCAAAGAGUUACCCUUCAAUCUGUUGUUACAACGCAAAAACAAGAUGGAUCCUUCGAAUUGAACGAAGUGAUUUCAAAGAGUCUUCAAGUCUCUUCGCAAUCUUUGGUAUCAUCCGUUAAAACUUAUGUUCAAAGUGAGGAAUUGAAAAAAUCUACUCAAGUUUCUUUGUGGACAACAGCUGUGACUCUUAAUUAUUUAAAGAUUUAUGCUACUACUCACGAGGCACACUACAAAGAGCAAUACGAGCGUGCACGCGCCUAUCUAAGUGCACAAAUCAAUAAUGCAGUUCUCGAAGAAGAAAUUAUUAGGGCUUCCUAUAAAUUCGUGUCAACAAAGACUACUCGCCUUGUAUCAUACAAGUUGAAACAAGAGCAAUAUAACGCAGCACUUGUUCACUUACAAUCAAAAACUACUUUGGAGACUACCCAGAAUGUUACAUCGGCUCAAAAAGCUGAUGGGUCUUUUGAAUUGAGUGAGCAUCUUUCAAAGGCACUUAAUAUUUCUUCUACAGAAACUUUGGUUACAUCUAUUCGUUCGUAUUCUCUAAGCGAAAGGCUCAGGAAAACUAGCAAAGCAUCUUGGUGGACUACUGCUGCUACUAUUAGCUAUCUUCAAUAUCAUGCUUCAACACACGAAGAACACUGGCGUGCUAAAUAUGCGGCUGCUCGUAAAUAUCUUAGUAAUGAAAUUCAUGAUGCUCAACUUGAAGCAGAAAUCUUGAAAGCUUCCGCCAAAUUUGUUUUGAAGAGAAGUGUUUAUCAAGUGAUCCGUAAACAAAGGAAGGUUGCCAAACGUACUGCACAAAUUCAUAUUCAGUCAAAAACUACUAUCGAGUCCACUCAAACUAUUGUGUCAUCUCAAAAAUCCGAUGGUUCCUUCGAAUUGAGCAAAGUAAUUUCUGAAAAUCUCGAAGUCAACUCAUCUGAAACAUUGGUCACCUCGGUACAAAAAUACGCAUUCAGCGAGAGAUUAAAGAGAACUACCAAGGCUUCUUGGUGGACAACUGCCGUUAGCAUUAGCUAUCUUCAAUAUUACGCCUCAGCACAUGAAGAACAUUGGCGUGAAAAAUAUGAAGCCGCUCUUAAAUAUCUUAGUCAAGAAAUUCAAGAUGCUAAACUAGAGGAAGAAAUUCUUCGUGCAUCUACUAAAUUUAUCGUACAAACGACCACACAUAAAGUCACCCGUGAGCUAAAGAAGGAAGAAAAACGUACUGCUUUGAUAGCUGUCCAAGAAAAGACUACGACAGAAGUCACCCAACAAGUUCUCUCAGCUCAAAAACAAGAUGGAUCCUUUGAACUUUCUAAAGUGAUCCAAAAGGAACUUGAUAUUUCCACUUCGCAAACUUUGUUGAAAUCGAUACAAAAAUACACUUAUAGCGAGACGCUCAAGAGAUCUUCAAAGGCUUCUUGGUGGACAACUGCCAUCACUAUUAAUUAUCUUCAAUAUCACGCCUCAGCUCAUGAAGAACACUGGCGUAAUAAAUAUGAAGCCGCCCGACAAUAUCUUAGCCAUGAAAUUCAUGAUGUUAAACUCGAAGAAGAAAUUCUGCGCGCAUCUUCGAAAUAUGUUCUUCAAAAGACUACAUACAAAGUUAUUCGUAAACAACAGAAAGCGGCCAAACGAGUUGCUUUAUUGCAUAUUCAAUCAAAUACAACUUUGGAAACGACAAAAUCAGUGCUUACUACUCAAAAACAAGACGGUUCAUUUUCAUUACACGAAACAAUCUCGAAGGAACUUGAAGUUUCCUCCACAUCUUUGUUGACCUCGGUUCAGAGAUACACAAUUAACCGGCAUUUGAAGCAACAUGCACAAGAAUCUUGGUGGACAACUGCUAUCACUCUCAGCUAUCUUCAGUAUCAUGCCUCCGCUCAUGAAGAACAUUGGAGAGAGAAAUACGAAUCUGCUCGUAAAUAUCUCAGUGCACAAAUCCAUGACGCUAAACUCGAAGAAGAAAUCAUCAAAGCUUCCACCAAAUUAGUAAUUGAACGAUCCACCGCUAAAGUUAUCCGAGAGCAAAAACAUGCAGAUCAACGUUAUGCCCUCGCCGCUAUUCAGACAAAGACGACAAUUGAAACAACUAAAUCAGUGUUAUCAUCGCAAAAUACGGAUGGAUCAUUCAAAUUGAGUCAAGUUGUCGCGCAAGAUUUGAAUAUUUCUUCUGCGGAGACUCUGACCACAUCUAUAAAGAGAUACUUUGUUAGUCAAAAAUUAAAGACUAGUGCCAAAUUUUCUUGGUGGACAACAGCGGUCACACUCGCCUACUUACAAACAACUGCCGCCGCUCAUGAGGAACACUGGAAAGAAAAAUACGAAUCGGCUCGCAAAUAUCUUAGUGCACAAAUCAACGACACCAAAUUAGAAGAAGAAAUAUUGCAAGUUUCAAAGAGAUUUGUAGUUGAAAAAACCACUUACAAGUUGGUUAGAAAACACAAGAAAACUAUUAAAGAAGCCGCCAAAAUUACUGUUGCGUCUAGUGUUUCAGAAGAAACUACAAAGGAAGUUAUAACGGCUCAAAAAGAAGAUGGUUCGUUUGAAGCUCACUCGACGAUCUUGAAACAUUUGGAUUUCUUCUCUUCUCAUACUCUGGUCACUGCUGCUCAAAAAUACGCAUUCAGUGAAAAACUCAGGAAAUCCGCCAAAGCUUCAUGGUGGACCACUGCAAUUACCAUUAGUUAUCUCGCCACUACUGCCUCUGCUCAUAAAGAUCACUGGGAAGCCAAAUAUCACCAGGCCAGAAAAUAUCUUCACGAACAAAUUAAUGAUAUUAAAUUAGAAGAAGAAAUUCUUAAAACUUCCAAUAAGUUUGUUGUUGAUAAAAUUACUCAUAAAGUCAUAAGGGAAGAUAAUGUCCAUGCAUCGCAAAAAAUUCAAUCGAUCACCUCGAGCGAUAAGGUGCAAUCAGUCGUGUCUACUCAGAAACAUGACGGAUCAUUUGAAUUAAGCUCAGAAAUUGCGAAAACACUUCAAGUCACUUCAACAGAAAGUUUAGUCGCGUCCAUUAAAACCUAUGUUAUCAGUGAAAAACUAAAGAAAACCGCACAAAAUUCUUGGUGGACAACAGCAGUUACUAUCACAUAUCUUCAAAACACUGCAACAGAACAUGAUUCCGUAUGGCAAGCUAAAUAUGAUGAAGCUCGCAAAUAUCUGAGUUCGCAGAUUAACGAUACUAAAUUAGAAGAAGAAAUUUUGCAAGUUUCCAACAAAUAUGUAGUUGAAAAAACAUCACGUCAAACCCUUGUUCAAAAAGCUCAAGAGUCUCUUAUUACUCAUGCAAAUAAGAACAUAUCUUCUGAUAAAACAAAAUCCAUCAUUUCCUCGCAAAAAGAAGAUGGAUCAUUUGAGCUUCAUGAAUCCAUAACAUCAGCUUUACAUAUUACCGAAGUCGAAUCAAUCACAAAAUCAGUUCAUGUCACUGAUAAACGUGCUACUCAACUAGAUAUUUCCGUGUGGAAGACUGCAAUCACUAUUGCUUAUUUCCGAAAUGUACUAAAACAUCACGAAUCUCUUUGGCAAACACAAUACCAAUCAGCUCGCCAAUAUUUAAGUCGACGUAUUAAUGAUACGGCUUUAGAACAAGAAGUAAUUGAUGCUUCCGAAAAAUAUGUUGUCGAACGCGUGAGCAAUAAAACAAUAGAGAAAGCAAAGGAAGAUUCGAUGUUCAAACAAUUGACUGGUGUUACUAAAGCUGUUGGCGUUGCUGGUGCGGUUGGAGGUGUUGUCGCCGGAAUUACGCAUCUUGCAGAUAAAUUCCAUGAAAAACAACAACAUAUCGACGCUCACAUUUGGCAUUCAAAAUUCACUGACGAGGAACGCCAAACUGCAGUUGUUGCUCUUCAAACUUCCCAUACAAUUGAGAAAACUCAAUCAAUUAUAUCUUCUCAAAAGACUGAAGGUUAUUUCGAAUUGAGCCAAACUGUUUCCAAGAAACUUGAAGUCUCAUCCAAGACGCUUAUUUCUUCAAUUCAUUCGUAUGGAGUAAGUGAACGCGUAAAAUCCACUGUCGACGAAUCAGUUUGGGCAACCGCAGUCACGCUCAAUUACCUAAAAGUUGCCGCUUCUCAUCAUGAAGAUCACUGGAAAGAACAAUACGACCGUGCAUAUAAAUGGUUGCAACAACGAAUCAACAAUGCUGAAAUCGAAAAAGAAGUUUUAGAAAAUUCUAAACGAUUUGUUUUUGAAAAAAUCACAACUAAAGUUAUACACAAACAAACAAGCGCGACAGUUAUUGCUCUUCAAACUUCACAUACGACCGAAAAAACCCAAUCAAUCUUGGCUUCCUAUAAUACCGAAGGUCAUUUCGAAUUGAGCGAGACUAUUCAAAAGAAACUCGAUGUUUCUUCGGAAACUUUUGUCUCGUCAGUUCAUUCAUACGCAGUUAACGAAAGCUUAAAGACUUUAGUAAAAGAAACUUGGUGGAAGACCGCAGUCACUCUUAGUUAUCUCAAAAUUGCUGCCUCAAAACACGAAUCAGAAUGGAGAGAAAAAUACGAGCAUGCGAGUAAAUGGUUGAGUCUUCAAAUUCACGACGCUGAAAUCGAAAAACAAGUUCUCGAAACAUCUUAUCGAUAUGUUGUUGCUCGCGCCACUCAAAAGAUUGUUCGUAAACAGAGACAGGCCGCAAUUGUUCAUCUUGAAUCUAAAACAACCCUUGAAACUACACAAUCCAUCGUCUCAUCUCAAAAGUCUGACGGAUCAUUUGAAUUCCAUGAAACUAUCUCAAAACAUCUCGACGUUUCAUCGUCUUCUUCAUUAAUAACUUCAAUUCAUUCAUAUGGACUGAGCGAACAUUUGAAGACAUCUGCUCAAGUUUCUUGGUGGACUACUGCUGUCACCCUUAACUACCUGAAGAUUGCCGCUUCUCGUUACGAGAAUGAAUGGGUGGAGAAGUAUGAAGCCUCAAGAAAAUGGUUAAGUCAACAAAUUAAAAAUGAAAAAGUUGAAGCAGAACUUUUAGAAGUCUCCCACCGUUUUGUUCUCGAGAAGCUCAGCACUCAAGUUAUCAGGAAACAAAAAGUAGUUCGAAAGAGGGAAGCUUUGGCUUACCUUCAAUCAAAGACUACUAUCAGUACUUCGGAAUCAGUAAUCUCCCAACAAAAACAAAACGGAUCUUUCGAAUUAAGCCAAACAAUUGCUGAACAUCUUGAGGUUUCCAAAGCAACCAUUGUCACUUCAGCUCGAACCUAUGCUGUUAGCGAAAGAUUAAAGAAAUCUACUGAAAUUGAUUGGUGGGUUACUGCUGUUUCGAUCAAUUAUCUUAAAAUUACCUCCUCGUCCUAUGAAUCUCAUUGGAAAACGAAGUACGAGAGCGCAAGAAGAUAUCUUAGUGCACAAAUAAAAAAUGUCGAAUUAGAAGAAGAGAUUCUCAAAGCUUCUCAUAAAUUUGUCUUAGAAAAGAUCACUCAUAAAGUUACCUAUAAGAAAUCAAAGAGUGAAAAACGUCGAGCUUUAAUGACUCUUCAAUCCGAAACAACAAUCGAUACAACUAAGUCUGUCAUUUCCAAUCAAAAAGAAAAUGGAUCAUUUGAAUUCAAUCAAACGCUCUCUCAAGAACUCGAUGUUUCGUCCUCAAAGACUUUGGUUUCUUCUGUGCAAUCAUAUGGUGUCAGUGAGAAGCUGAGACAAUUAGCAAAAGAAUCAUGGUACACUACAGCCGUCACUCUCAGCUACCUCAAAUUCAAUGCUUCUGCACAUGAGGAACAUUGGAAAGAGAAAUACGAAGCCGCACGCAAAUACCUUCAUGAAGAGAUAAAUGACACAAAAUUAGAAGAAGAAAUUUUAAAAAUUUCUUCAAAACUUGUUGUGCAAAGAACCACAUAUAAAGUAAUCCGUCGACAAAAGAAGAUUGCUAAGCAAACCGCUAUUGUUGCUGUUCAGUCCAAUACAACUAUCGAAUCAACUAAACAAGUCAUUUCUGAACAAAAAUCCGACGGCUCAUUUGAAUUCAGUGAAGUUGUGUCGCGUGAACUCGAUGUAUCAUCUUCAGAGUCUCUUGUUACUUCCGCUAGAUCUUAUGCUGUAAGCGAAAAACUCAAGAAAUCAACUCAGACUGCUUGGUGGACUACUGCGGUCACUCUUAGCUAUUUACAAUAUCACGCUUCAGCUCACGAAGAACACUGGAAAGAAAAAUACGAAUCCGCUCGUAAAUAUCUUCAUGAACAAAUAAAUGACACAAAAUUGGAAGAAGAAAUCCUCGUAGCAUCUCGUAAAUUCGUCGUACGAAAGACCACUUACAAUGUUGUCAAGCUACAAAAGAAAGAAGAGAAGAGAAAUGCUUUACUCGCAAUUCAAGCAAAGACAACUGUCGAGACGACUAAAGCUGUUCUUUCAACGCAACAAAAGGAUGGCUCAUUUACCUUACAUAAAGAAAUUUCAAAAGAACUUGAUGUUUCCUCUUCUGAAACUUUGAUCGCUUCAGUUAAACAUUACGCAUUGAGUGAUAGGUUGAGAAAAUCAGCUCAGACUGCUUGGUGGACUACAGCCGUCACCCUUAGUUAUCUUAAAUAUAAUGCAUCCGCUCAUGAAGAACAUUGGAAAGAAAAAUAUGAAGCUGCUCGUAAAUAUCUUAGCAUACAAAUUCACGACGUUAAAUUAGAAGAAGAAAUUCUUCAAGCCUCUUCUAAAUUUGUUAUUGAAAAAUCAACUCAUAAAGUCAUUAAAGAGCAAAAAUCAGCUGAACAACGAGCUGCUCUUACCACUAUUCAUUCCAAGAUUACCAUCGACGACACAAAAUCUGUUAUAUCGACCCAAAAACAAGACGGUUCUUUCGAACUAAGUCAAGCAAUAUCCAAAGAACUCGAUGUCUCCUCAUCUCAAACCUUGGUUACCGCAGUCAAAUCAUAUGCUGUUAGCGAAAAACUCAAGAAAUCAGUGAAUGCUACUUGGUGGACAACUGCUAUUACUAUAGGUUACCUGGAGACCUCAGCUGUCAACCAUCAAGAACACUGGAAACAAAAUUAUGAAUUGGCUCGUAAAUAUCUUAGUCAACAAAUAAACGAUACCAAAUUAGAAAAGGAAAUACUAGAAGCUUCUCGCAGAUUUGUUGUUGAAAAAAUCACUUAUAAAGUUAUUCGUAAUGAAAAGACCGUUCAAACAGAAGCCGCGCGUCUUGCAAUCCAAUCUCGAACUAAUGUCGAUACUGUUAAGAAGGUGGUAUCAACUCAGAAAAAGAAUGGAUCUUUUGACUUGCAUGAAACUAUCUCAAAAGUCCUUGAAGUUUCCUCCACAGAAACUUUAGUUUCUUCUGCCCGAAGAUACGCAGUUAGCGAAAAACUAAAGAAUACUGCCAAGGCAACUUGGUGGACUACAGCUAUCACGUUAAGUUAUCUGCAAAACACUUCCUUGGAAGAUAAAGCAUUGAAAGACAAAUAUGAUCGAGCUAGACAAUAUCUUCGAGAAGAGAUUAAAGAUUCCAGAUUGGAAGAAGAAAUUUUAGCAGCAUCAAAUGAAUAUAUUCUCUCAAAAACUACGCGUAAAAUUGUCACCGAACAAAAAGAAAUUGCUGUUGAAAAUAUCAAAACUAAUGUAGAUAUCGACAAAACUCGGGACAUCGUAUCCACCCAAAAAGAAGAUGGUUCAUUUGAAUUGAGUGAAGAGAUCAAAAAGGAACUUGACGUUUCUUCUUCGGCUUCUCUAGUCACUUCCGUUCAAACUAGUUCUUUCAGUGAAAAAUUAAAGGAGAAAACAACUCAUUCUGUUUGGAUUACGGCUAUUACUCUUAGUUACUUGAGAAUAGCAGCAUCUAGUCAUGAAUCUGAAUGGAAGGAUAAGUAUGAGCGUGCCAAACAAUAUUUAAGUACUCAAAUCGGCGAUGCAGAACUUGAAAAAGAAUUAAUUGAAAUUACCGACAAAUAUGUGGUAGAUAAGGCAACACAUAAAGUAGUAAACGAAAAAACUAAAGAACUCGUUGUGGAGGCUACCAGCAAAGAUGUUGAUGUGCAAAAAGUUCAACAAAUCACCACAACUCAACAUAGUGAUGGCUCAUUUGAACUUCACAAGAGUAUUAUAGAACAUCUCAAGAUUGUUGAAACAGAAUCCAUUACCACAUCUAUUGAAAAAUAUGUUAAAGACAAACGUGCUACUAAACUUGAUAUUACGAUAUGGAAGACUGCAAUCACUAUUGCUUAUUUCCAAAAGGUGCUAAGACGUCAUGAAUCUCAUUGGCAAGCACAAUACAAAACUGCGCGUCAAUAUCUAAGUCAACGUAUCAAUGAUUCGGUUUUGGAACAAGAAGUAAUUGAAACAUCCGAAAGAUUUGUCGUCGAUCAAGUCGCUAAAACUCACGUCUCUACAAAAUCUCACGAGAGAAAACCUUCUGUGGACGAAGUCGCUAAACAUAAAGAUCGUGUGACCGGGACCGCGAAAAAGGAAGAUGACGAAUCCUGGCUAAAGAAGAGUACUGCUCUUGGAUUAGGACUUGGAGCUGCAGUUGCGGGAACUAUCGGUGUACUUGCAUGGCAUUCUAAUAAAGAACAAAAAGAGGCUCUUGAAAAAGUCAAAUCAAAGACAACUGCAGAAACGUCCAAAGCUGUGGUUUCUUCGCAGAAAGAAGAUGGUUCUAUCGAAUUAAAUCAUAUUGUUGCCAAGGAAUUAGACAUUACGUCCUCCGAAUCUUUAGUGGCAUCGAUUAACAACUACCAUAUCAGCGAAACAUUAAGGAGAUCUGCCAAGAACACCUGGUGGACAACCGCAGUAACUCUCGCUUAUUUGGAACACACUUCUUCUGCUCAUGAUUCUGUAUGGAGGGAACAAUAUCAACGGGCAAUUAACUAUCUUGACGCCGAAAUAAAAGAUCAAAAGUUGAAAGAAGAAAUUAUUCGUGUUUCUGAUCAAUACUUUGUAGAAAAAGUCGCUCAAAAACAUGUAAUCGUCAAUACUAUAAGCUCAGAAGAAGCACAAAAACAUGCAAUCGAGGACCACGCGAAAAAGACUAACAGAGAUACUGUUCACGCCAUUGCUUCCCAUAAGAAAAUCGACGGAUCAUUCGAAUUGAGUAAAGAGAUCUCCAAAGAGCUCGACGUUACCUCCACUGAUACUUUGGUUUCUUCUAUUUACGAAUAUCAUGGAGUUAGUGAAACUCUUAAAAAAUCAUCAAAAUCUUCCUGGUGGUCAACCGCUAUUACUAUUGCAUAUCUAAAAAAUGUUGCUAGUGAACAUGAUUCGGUUUGGAAAUCCAAAUACGAAGAAGCUCGCAAAUUCCUCUCCACUGAAAUCAAUGACACUAAAUUAGAGGAGGAAAUCCUAUUGGUAUCUGAUACAUAUGUUAAAAAGAGGUUGACACAUAAAACGGUCGAGAAAGUUGCUAAAAAUGCACAUGACGCACAUCUUAGUGUAGUCAAAAAGAAGGUCGGAGAAGAAAAAGCCGUUCAAAAGAAAGAUAACAUUGUCGACAAAAUCUCGAAGACUGCUGUUGGUAUCGGAUUAGUUGCUGCAGCUAGUGGGGCUGCGCUAUGGAAACACGAACAGAAGCAAAAAGAAGCAAUCGAAAAAGUUAAAUCAAAGACAACUGUCGAUACCACAAAAACUAUUAUCUCAUCACAGAAAACGGAUGGUUCAUUUGAGUUGAAUAAAAUUGUAUCCGAACAUCUUGAUGUGUCUUCCUCAGAGACUCUUGUGGAAUCAAUUCAUCAUUAUGACAUUAGCGAGAAACUCAAAAAAUCGGCCAAGCCUUCAUGGUGGAUAACUGCAGUUACAUUAACAUAUCUUAAAAAGACUGCUUGGGAUCAUAGUUCUAAUUGGCAAUCUAAAUACGAAGAGGCUCGUAAAUAUCUUCAUCAUGAAAUCAAUGAUACGAAAUUAGAGGAAGAAAUCCUAAAGUUGAGCCAAGAGAUAAAGAAACGCCUUAACGUUUCUUCAUCUGAAACUCUAGUUUCUUCUAUUUAUCAACGUCAUCAAGUAAGCGAGUCUCUCAAAAAGACCGCCAAGGAUUCCUGGUGGAUAACCGCCGUCACUAUCGCAUAUCUUAAAAACGCUGCGACCGAUCAUGAUUCCAUAUGGAAAGAUAAAUAUGAAACAUCUCGCAAAUAUCUUAGUACGCAAAUUAAUGAUGCUAAAUUAGAAGAAGAAAUUUUGAAGGUUUCAGAAACUUAUGUAAUCGAAAAAGUGACACACACGACUAUUUCUCAUGCUGCAGCAGAAGUCCAUAAAGAGCAUUUGGAAGAAGAAAAGAAAGAAAAGAAAGGCUAUCUCUCUUUGGAGAACGUCUCUAAAGCUGCUGUCGGUCUUGGUUUAGUAGCCGCAGCUGGUGGUGCUGCUUUAUGGAAACAUGAACAAAAACAAAAAGAAGCUAUAAAACAAGUUAGAGAAAAAACUACUGUCGACACUGUUAAAUCAAUUGCUUCCUCUCAGAAAACGGAUGGUUCCUUUGAAUUAAAUCAAGUUAUUUCCAAGAAACUUAAUGUUUCUUCUUCUGAAUCCCUUGUUGAAUCGAUUCAUCAUUAUGAUGUUAGUGAGAAACUUAAAACAUCCGCUAAACAUUCGUGGUGGACAACUGCAGUUACUAUCGCGUAUCUCAAACAAAUCUCAGUACAUACAACAGAAUGGCAAGCACAAUACGAAGCUGCAUGCAAAUACCUUCGCCAAGAAGUUAAUGACUCUCAGUUAGAAGAAGAGAUCCUCAAAGUUUCCGAAACAUAUGUAGUUGAAAAAGUAACACAAAAACAUAUUGUCAAAGAAACUGCCGUAUCAAAAGAAGCCCAAAAAGCAGUCAUCGAAAACAUCUCCUCGAAAACAACAGUUGAGGAUAUUCGCACCGUAAUUUCCUCCCAGAAAACUGACGGAUCUUUUGAAUUGAGCAGUGUUGUGUUGAAGGAUCUUGGUGUUUCUUCUUCUGAAACUUUGAUUUCUGCGAUCCAAAAACAAAAAAUCAGCGAAUCUCUUAAAAAAUCGGACAAAUCAUCUUGGUGGACAACUGCUAUCACUAUUUCUUACCUUCAGAACACAGCUUCCUCACAUGAUGUUAUAUGGAAAGCUAAAUACGAUCGCGCUCUACAAUAUCUAAGGACACAAGUUAAUGAUAAAAGAUUAGAAGAUGAAAUUCUACAUGUCUCUAACGAACUCGUAGUUAAGAAAAUCACCAAAAAAGCUGUUACUAAGACUGCUGUCGAAGUUCAUCAAGAACAGCAAGCUGAAGAAAAAAAGAAUAGCAUAUUCAAUUUAUCUAAUUUAGCUAAGGUUGGUGCUGGCCUUGGUUUAGCCAUUAGUGGAUUUGCUCUCUGGAAAUCUCACGACAAACAAGAAGCUGCCAUUAAUGAAAUCAAAUCACAAACUACCGAAGAUACUACGAAAGCCAUUAUCUCUCAUCAAAAAACUGAUGGAUCCUUCGAACUUAGUAAGGAGAUAUCCGAAAAACUUGAUGUCUCAUCAUCUGAGACAUUAGUCACCUCUAUUCAAAAUUACGAAAUUAAUGAACGAUUGAGACGUAAUGCUAAAAAUCAAUGGUGGACAACCGCAAUAACUCUUGCCUAUUUGAAACAAACUGCAUCUCACCACGAAUCUCAGUGGAAGCUUAAAUAUGAAGAAGCUCGAAGAUAUUUGCACCAACAAAUCAAUGAUGUAAAAUUGGAAGAAGAAAUCCUUAAAGUUUCCGAGACUUAUGUUGUAGAACGCGUCACUCAAACCGUCGUAAUCAAAGAAGCAGUUAAAAAAGAAGAGACACAGAAAACUGUAUUGGAAGAAAUCAGUAAAAAGACUACUGUUGAUACCGCUAAAGCAAUUGUUUCUUCACAGCAAUCAAAUGGAUCCUUCGAACUUAAUAAAGUGAUAUCUCAGCAUCUCGAUGUCUCCUCAUCCGAAACUUUAGUCACGUCUAUUACAUCUAAUCAUCAAGUAAGCGAGAAACUACAGAAAUCGUCAAAGAAUUCGUGGUGGACAACUGCAAUCACUAUCUCAUAUCUGCAGAAAACCGCUAACACUCAUAACGCCGCAUGGCAAGAACAGUAUAAGCGAGCACGCGAAUAUCUUAGCAAAGAAAUUAAUGAUGUUCAACUCGAAGAAGAAAUCUUAAAAGUAUCUAAUUCAUACGUUGUGGAAAAAGUCACCUACAAAGCUCUCUCGCAUACAACAGCUAAAGUUCAUGAGGAUACGACAAAGGAACAAAAGAAACAAAAAGAAAGCGUAUUGAACCUUACAAACGUUGCUGCAGGCGCUGUUGGGCUGGGAAUUGCGGCGACAAGUGGUCUCGCUCUAUGGAAACAUAAGGAACAUCAAAAAACUGCUUUGUCCGAAGUUCAAAAGAAUACAAGCACCGAAAAAACAAAUAAAAUCAUUUCAACUCAUAAAGAAGACGGUUCAUUCGAAUUGAGCAAAGAAAUAUCCGAUCAGCUUGAAGUCUCUUCUUCAGAAAGCUUGGUUACUUCAAUUCAGCAAUAUCAAUUUAGUGAACGUCUCAGAAAGUCCGCAAAGACCACCUGGUGGACUACUGCCGUUACACUUGCAUAUCUUAAACAUACAUCCUCCGCACACGAAUCUCAAUGGAGAGCUAAAUAUGAGGCAGCACGUAAAUAUCUUUCUACACAAAUCAAUGAUACACAAUUGGAAGAAGAAAUAUUAAAGGUAUCAGAAACAUACGUAGUAGAAAAAAUAACUCAAAAAGUUGUGGUCAAAAAAGCAGCGGAAUCGGAAACAACACAAAAGACUGUAAUGCAAGAAAUUGCUAAAAAGAUGCCUAUUCAUGCCGCUCAUUCUAUUGUUUCUACUCAAAAAUCCGAGGGAUCUUUCGAGUUAAGUGAAGAGAUCUCGAAGCAUCUUGACGUUUCUUCAUCUGAAGCUUUAGUUACUUCAAUCUACGAACGCCAGCAAGUCAGUGAGACUCUAAAAAAGACCGCAAAAUCUUCCUGGUGGGCUACAGCAAUUACUAUUUCAUAUCUCCAGAAUGCCGUUACACAACAUGAUGCGGUUUGGAAAUCUAAAUAUGAAGCAGCUCGCAAAUAUCUUCACACGGAAAUCAACGAUGUUAAAUUAGAAGAAGAAAUCUUACACGUGUCUAAUACUUAUGUGGUCGAGAAGGUUACUCACAAAGCUAUUUCACAUACAGCCGAUCAGGUUCAAGAAGAGAAAUUAUCAGAAAAAAAGAAAACGAAUUAUUUCUCUUUGGAAAACGUCUCAAAAGCUGCAGCUGGUCUUGGAUUAUUAGCCGCAACAGCUGGAGGUCUGGCCCUAUGGAAACAUGAAGAGAAACAAAAAGAAGCAUUAAAACAAGCCAAAUCAAAGACCUCAAUUGAAACUAUCAAGUCCAUAGCUUCUUCUCAAAAAACGGACGGUUCGUUUGAAUUGACCAAAGUAAUCUCUGAAAAUUUAGAAGUUGCUUCUUCUGAAUCUCUUGUUGAAACGAUUCAUCACUACGACGUUAGUGAGAAACUUAAAAAAUCAGCUAAGCAUUCGUGGUGGACAACUGCAGUUACUAUCGCGUAUCUAAAACAAACCUCAGUGCAUACAACAGAAUGGCAAGCACAAUACCAAGCUGCACGCAAAUACCUUCGUCAAGAAGUUAAUGAUUCUCAGUUAGAAGAAGAAAUCCUCAAAGUUUCCGAAACUUAUGUAGUUGAAAAAGUGACGCAAAAAUAUGUUGUUAAAGAAACUGCAAAAUCAACAGAAGCCCAAAAAGCAGUAAUCAAAGAAAUAGCAUCCAAGACCACUGAAGAAACCACUAAGAAGGUCGUUUCCUCGCAAAAAACUGACGGAUCUUUUGAUUUAACCAAUGAAGUAUCGGAACAACUUGGUGUUUCUUCUUCCGAAACUCUAGUAAAUUCAAUUCAGGAACAUCACAUUAGUGAGAAUCUCAAAAAAUCUGCCAAAUCUUCCUGGUGGACAACUGCAGUUACUAUCGCGUAUCUCAAGAAUUUAUCAACUCACGAUGCCUUAUGGAAAUCUAAAUAUGAACAAGCUCGUGAAUAUCUUAAAAAGGAAAUCAAUAAUGUUGCUUUGGAAGAUGAAAUUUUACAGGUUUCAAAUGAAUAUGUCGCUGAAAAAGUUACUCAAAAAACUGUCUCUAAGACUGUUAACGAAGUUCAUAAAGAACAAAUAGAAAAAGAAAAGAAAGAAAAUUUCUUCAAUCUUUCCAACAUUGCAAAAUCUACUAUCGGCCUAGGACUAGCUACCGUAGGCGGGGUCGCUCUCUGGAAAUCCUACGAUAAACAAAAGGAAGCUAUCAGCGAAGUUCAAUCUAAAACAACAAUCGAAACCGCUAAAACUAUCAUUUCAUCACAAAAAUCAGACGGUUCCUUUGAACUUAACAAAGUAGUGUCUGAACACUUGGAUGUAUCAUCAUCAGAAACCUUAGUAUCUUCUAUUCACAAAUACGAACUUACUGAACGACUAAAACGUACUGGACGCGUCUCAUGGUGGACAACUGCAGUAACUAUUGCUUAUCUUAAACAAACUGCAUCUCACCACGAAUCUCAAUGGAAACUUAAUUAUGAAGAAGCUCGUAAAUAUCUACAUCAACAAAUUAAUGACACGCAAUUAGAAGAAGAAAUCCUCAAAGUUUCCGAGACUUAUGUCGUAGAACGCGUUACGCGUAAAGUGGUCGUCAAUCAGGCCGUAAAAUCUAAAGAAACACAAGAAGCUGUAUUAGAAGAAAUUAGCAAAAAGACAACCGUUGAUACCGCUCGAACCGUAAUUUCUUCACAGCAAUCUGAUGGUUCAUUUGAAUUGAAUAAAGUGAUCUCUGAGCAUCUUGAAGUUUCUUCGGCCGAAACUUUGGUUACUUCUAUUCAGACUAAACAUCAAGUUAGCGAGAAACUCGUGAAAACUGCUAAGGCUUCAUGGUGGACAACUGCUGUUACUAUCGCUUAUCUACAAAACACUGCUACUCCUCAUAAUGCUGUAUGGAAAGAGCAAUAUCAUAAAGCCCGUCAAUAUUUAACUAAAGAAAUUAACGAUGCUCAACUCGAAGAGGAAAUUUUAAGAAUAACUAAUACUCAUGUCGUCGAGAAAAUUACCCACAAAGUCAUAUAUCAAACUGAGGCCAAAAUUCAAGAUCAACAUCACGCUGAAACGCAAAAAAAUAGUCUCUUUAAUUUAUCUAACUUGGCAAAAACAACUGUUGACCUAGGACUUACAACAGUUAAUGGGUUAGCUUUUUGGAAAUCACGUGAAAAACAAACAGAUGCUAUCAAAGAAGUUCAGUCCAAGACCUCAGUUGAAACGGUAAAUACAAUAAUCGCCUCACAAGAACAAGAUGGAUCAUUUAGAUUAAAUAAAGUGGUAUCAGAAAACUUGGAUAUUUCCUCUUCCGAAACCUUGGUUGCUUCAAUUCAUAAAUACGAAAUUAGCAAAGAGCUUAAAUCUGCCAAGCCCUCUUGGUGGAUUACGGCUGUUACCAUAGCCUAUCUAAAACAAACCUCGUCUCAUCAUGAAGAAGACUGGAAAGCUAAAUAUGAGGAAGCCCGUAAAUAUCUUCAACAACAAAUUAAAGAUGUUAAGUUAGAAGAAGAAAUCCUCAAAGUUUCUGAGACUUAUGUUGUGGAACGAAUUACUCAAAAAGUAGUCACCAAUGAAGCAUCUAAAUCUAAAGAUACCCAAAAGACCGUAUUAGAAGAAAUAAAUAAAAAGACUACUGUUGAUACAACUCAAACCAUUAUUUCGUCUCAGCAUUCGGACGGAUCCUUUGAAUUAAGUAAAAAAAUAUCCGAACAUCUCGAUGUAUCCUCAACCGAAACAUUAAUUACCUCCAUUACAUCAUCUCAUCAAGUAAGCGAAAAACUCAAGAAAUCCGCCAAACCUUCUUGGUGGACAACUGCAACCACUAUCGCAUACUUACAAAACACCGCCACUCCUCACGAUGCCGUCUGGAAAGCACAAUAUCACCAAGCUCGCAAAUAUCUUACUGAAGAAAUCAGAGAUACUCAGCUCGAAGCAGAAAUUUUGCAAAUUACAAAUACUUAUGUAGUCGAAAAGGUCACUCAUAAAGCUAUCUCUCAUACAGCAGAUAAAGUUCAUGAAGAACAUCAACAUGAGGAAAUUAAAAGGAAAGAAGAAAAACAGAAAGAAAGUAUUUUCAAUUUAUCUAAUAUCGCGAAAACUGCUACCGGUCUUGGCUUAGCAAUUGGAGGUGCUGUCCUCUGGAAAUCUCACGAAAAACAAAAGGAAGCUCUUAAAGAAAUUCAAUCAAAGUCUACCGUAGAAACUACACAAGCAGUUAUCUCGUAUCAACGAAAAGAUGGAUCUUUCGAUUUAAGCAAUGUAGUAUCAGAGCAUCUGGAUGUGUCAUCUUCGGAGACGUUAGUCACAUCUAUUAACAAGCGUGAAUAUAGCGAAAAACUCCGUAAAAUAGCUAAAAACUCGUGGUGGACAACUGCAGUUACCCUUGCCUAUUUGAAGCAAACCUCUUCUGCACAUGAAUCCCAUUGGAAAGUGAAAUACGAUGAAGCUCGCAAAUAUCUUAGUCAACAAAUCAAUGACGCAACUUUAGAGGAUGAAAUAUUGAAAGUAUCUGAAGAAUUUGUGGUUGAGAAAGUAACAGAAACAUCCGUUGUUCAUCAAGUCGCCAAAUCAGAAGAAACACAAAAAACUGUACUAGAAGAAAUUAAGAAAAAAACGACUGCCAAUACCGCACAAGUAAUCACCACUUCUCAACAUUCGGAUGGCUCUUUCGAAUUGAACAAAAUAAUUUCCCAGCAUCUCGAUGUAUCCUCAUCCGAAACAUUAAUUACCUCGAUCAAAACCAAACAUCAAGUUAGCGAGAAACUCCAGCAAACUGCUAAGGCUUCAUGGUGGACAACUGCUACUACCAUCGCUUAUCUACAAAACACCGCCACUCCUCAUAAUGCUGUGUGGAAAGCUCAGUAUGAUAAAGCCCGUGAAUAUUUGACCAAAGAAAUUAACGAUGCUAAGCUUGAAGAAGAAAUCUUGCGAGUAACCAACACUUACGUAGUUCAUAAAGUUACCCAAAAAGCUAUUUCUCACACUGUUCACGAAGAAGAAAAGAAAGAAAAGGAGAAAAAAGAAACAGAUAGUUUAUUAUCUUUCGGCAAUAUUACUAAAGCAGCGACAAAUCUUGGUUUAUCGGUUGGUGGAAUGCUUCCUUGGAAAUCGCGUGAUAAGCAAAAGUCAACUCUUAAUCAAAUCCAAUCAACUACCACCGUCGAAACUACGCAAGAUAUUAUCUCCUUACAGAAAUCCGAUGGCUCAUUUGAGCUAAGCAAAGUUGUAUCAGAAAAUCUCGAUGUUUCUUCGGAAACUUUAGUUACUACUAUUCAUAAACAAGAAGUUAGUGAAACCUUAAAGAAAAAAGCAAAACUAUCCUGGUGGACUACCGCAGUUACUCUUGCUUAUCUUAAACAGGUUGCAUCGCAUCACGAAGAACACUGGAAAGCUAAAUAUGAAGAAGCUCAAGUAGCUGACCGUCUUAAUGUAUCUUCAACCGAAACAUUGAUCGCCAAUAUUCAGAAACAUGAUAUCAGCGAAUCUUUGAAAAAAGCAAAAUCAUCCUGGUGGACAACCGCAGUUACUCUUGCUUAUCUCCGAAAUACUGCCACUGUUCAUGAUUCUGUUUGGCAGUCUAAAUAUGAAGAAGCGCGAAAAUAUCUUCGUCAAGAAAUUAAUGAUGAGAAAUUAGAAGAAGAAAUUUUGCAGGUUUCAAAUAAAUAUGUUGUCCAAAAGGUGACCGAAACGACUAUCUCAAAUACUGCGGCUAAAUUGGAUGAGCAUCAUUUGGUUGAGCAAAAGAAAGAGAAAGAAAGUUUAUUGUCAUUUGAAAAUAUUUCGAAAGCAACUGCUGGACUUGGUUUAGCCAUCGGUGGCAUUGUUAGUUGGAAAUCGCAUGAUAAACAAAAAGAUGCCCUAGCUGAAAUUCAAGCAAAACAAACAAUCAGCACCACUCAAUCAAUCAUCUCAUCGCAGAAAAAAGAUGGAUCAUUUGAACUUAGCAAAGUUAUCUCUGAACAUUUGGACGUCUCCUCUUCUGAAACACUUGUAGAAACUAUUCAUCAUUACGAGAUAAGCGAGAAGCUUAAAAAAUUAUCUAAAAAAUCUUUAUGGACAACUGCCGUCACCAUAGCCUAUCUAAAACAAACCUCGUCUCAUCACGAAGCACACUGGAAAGCUAAAUAUGAGGAAGCCCGUAAAUAUCUUCAUCAGCAAAUCAAUGAUACAAAAUUGGAAGAAGAAAUCCUCAAUGUCUCCGAGACAUAUCAUCUUGAUGUAUCCUCGUCCGAAACAUUAGUUACCUCGAUAAAAAAUAAACACCAAGUGAGCGAAAAACUACUCAAGUCUUCCAAAUCUUCGUGGUGGACAACCGCUGUCACCAUUGCAUAUCUACAAAAUACCGCAUCUCAUCAUAAUGCUGUCUGGCAAGCACAGUAUCACAAAGCCCGUGAAUAUCUAAAGAAAGAAAUCAAUGAUGCUCAGCUUGAAGAGGAAAUCUUACGAGUUUCUAAUACAUAUGCAACUGAAACGAUUACUCAAAAGGUUAUUUCUAAAACUGCUGCCAAAGCAGUUGUUGAAGAGAAGAAAGAAGCUGAAAAGAAAGAAAAAGAGAGCUUUUUCAACUUAUCCAACCUUGCUAAGAACGUAAGUCAUGGACUUGGAUUAACAACAGAUGGAUUUGUUUUGUGGAAAUCUCAAGAUAAACAAAAAGAAGCUCUUGAAAAAAUUCAAUCAGCAACUACUAAAGAAACUACGGAAUCAAUUGUCUCAUCUCAACGAAAAGACGGGUCAUUCGAAUUGAGCAAAGUAGUUCAAGAGCAUCUGGAUGUAUCCUCCUCUGAAACUUUGGUUUCAUCAAUUAAUCAUUAUGAAACUAGCGAAAAACUCAAGAAGAUCGCCAAACCUUCAUGGUGGACAACAGCAGUUACACUCGCAUACCUCAAAAAAGCAGCAAGCACGCAUAAAGAAGAAUGGCAAGCCAAAUAUGACGAAGCCCUUAAAUAUCUGAAAAACGAAAUUAAGGAUUCACAAUUAGAAGAGGAAAUUGUUAAUGUUUCCGACACUUAUGUAGUGGAACAAAUCACUCGAAACGAAGUCGUCAAAGAAGCUACUAAAUCUCAGGAUACUCAAAAGGCUGUAAUCGAACAAGUCCGGUCAAAGACAAAGGAAGAUACAGCUGAAGUAAUCGCCUCCUCUCAAAGAAUUGAUGGUUCUUUCGGAUUAAGUAAAGUUGUUUCGGAACACCUUGAUGUAUCAUCGUCGGAAACUUUGGUUACCUCAAUUACAUCGUCUCAUCAAGUAAGCGAAAAACUCAAGAAAUCUGCCAAAGCUUCAUGGUGGUCAACUGCUAUCACUAUUGCAUAUCUUCAAAAUACCGCAACUUCUCAUCACACUGCAUGGAAAACUCAAUACGAGAAAGCUCGAAGAUAUCUAAGUGCUGAAAUCAAAAAUACAGAAUUAGAAAAAGAAAUCCUUGAAGUAUCCAAUAAAUAUGUAGUCGAAAAGAUUACUCACAAAGCAGUGUCCCAAACAGCAGUACAAGUUCAUAAAGAGCAUCAUGAGGAAGAAAAGAAGGAUAGCUUAUUUAACUUGUCAAACCUCGCCAAGGCUGGGGUCGGUCUUGGUCUAGCUAUCGGUGGAUUUGCUCUCUGGAAAUCUCAUGAAAAACAAAAAGAAGCAAUUAAUCAGAUUAAAUCUAAAACCACAGUGAACACUACACAAUCAAUCAUCUCCCAUCAAAAAUUAGAUGGAUCUUUCGAGUUGAGUAAAGUCAUUUCCGAGAACCUGGAUAUCUCCUCUUCGAAGACUUUAACUGAUUCCAUAUACAAAUAUGAAUUCAGCGAGCAACUUAAAAACAAAUCCCAAACAGCUUGGUGGACAACUGCUGUCACGAUCGCAUAUCUUAAACAAACAUCCUCAGAUCAUGAAGAACACUGGAUAACAAAAUAUGAGGAAGCCCGCAAAUAUCUACAUCAUCAAAUCAACGAUGUCCACUUAGAAGAGGAAAUUUUGAAGCUAAGUCAAGAAAUAUCGAAGCAUCUUGAAGUUUCUUCCUCGGAAACUUUGGUCACUUCUAUUUAUCAAAAUCAUCAAGUAAGUGAGACUCUUAAAAAGACUGCAAAAGCUUCCUGCUGGACAACCGCCGUUACUAUCGCAUAUCUUCAACAUGUUACUAAAACUCAUGACUCGGUAUGGAAGGCCAAAUACGAAGAAGCUCGUAAAUAUCUUCAUCAACAAAUUAACGAUGUUAAAUUAGAAGAAGAAAUCUUGCAGGUUUCGAAUAAAUAUGUCGUUGAGAAAGUCACUAAAGCUGCUAUUUCACAUACUGCUGUUAAAGUUAACGAAGAGCAUAUUCAGGAACAAAAGAAAGAUUCAAUCUUCAAUAUAUCAAAUGUUGCAAAGACAGCUAUUGCUAAUCUCGAAUUAACAAUAGGUGGAAUCGCUUUCUGGAAGCAUGAAGACAAACAAAAAGAAGCUUUAACAGAGAUACAAAAAGAAACAACUGUCGAUACUGUAAACUCCAUUAUCUCAACACAAAAAUCAGAUGGAUCUUUCGAAUUAAAUAAAGUGGUUUCUGAACAUCUGGAUGUUUCUUCAUCUGAAACCUUAGUUUCCUCUAUUCAACAUCAAGAAUUUAGCGAAAAACUUCGAAAAUCCGCAAAGGAUUCUUGGUGGAUAACUGCCGUUACUCUUGCCUAUCUUAAGCAUGCUUCAACUCAUCACGAAGAACACUGGAAAGUUAAACACGACGAAGCUCGCAAAUAUCUUCAUCAACAAAUUAAUGACACCCAAUUAGAAGAAGAAAUCCUCAAGGUUUCCGAGACCUAUGUUGUUGAAAAAGUUACCCGUAAAGUAAUAGUAAAUAAAGUCGCCAAAUCAGAAGAAACACAAAAAACUGUGUUAGAAGCAAUCAAGAAAAAGUCGAAUAAUUCUAUCACUCAAAAGAUUUUCACUUCUCAACACUCGGAUGGUUCUUUCGAAUUGAACGAAUCAAUCUCUCAACACCUCGAUGUAUCCUCGUCCGAAACAUUAAUUACCUCGGUCAAAACUAAACAUCAAGUUAGCGAGAAACUCCAGCAAACUGCUAAGGCUUCAUGGUGGACAACUGCUACUACCAUCGCUUAUCUACAAAACACCGCCACUCCUCAUAAUGCUGUGUGGAAAGCUCAGUAUGAUAAAGCCCGUGAAUAUUUGACCAAAGAAAUUAAUGAUGCUAAGCUUGAAGAAGAAAUCUUGCGAGUAACCAACACUUAUGUCGUCGAAAAAGUUACUCACAAAGCCAUUUAUCAAACUGCCGUUCAAGCUCAUAAAGAACAAGAGAAAGAGAAGAAAAGUCUUUUCAACGUAUCUAACAUCACGAAAGCUGCAGCUGGUCUUGGAAUAGCAAUUGGCGGAAUUGCUCUCUGGAAAUCUCGUGACAAGCAAGAAGAAGCACUUUCAGAAGUCAAGUCAAAAACUACCAUUAAUACUACGCAGUCGAUCAUCUCAACUCAACAAACAGAUGGUUCCUUCACAUUGAGCAAAGAAAUUUCUGAACAUCUCGAUAUUUCAUCGUCCGAAACGUUAAUUGCUACUAUUUAUCAUUAUCAAAUAAGCGAGAAACUCAAAAAUUCUGCAAAGGCUUCUUGGUGGACAACUGCGGUCACUCUCGCCUAUCUUAAACAUGUAUCUUCUGCUCAUGAGAUACACUGGAAAUCUAAAUAUGAGGAGGCUCGUAAAUAUCUAAGCCUUCAAAUUCAAGAUACUAAAUUAGAAGAAGAAAUUCUGAAGGUUUCCGAGAUCUAUGUAAUUGAAAGAAUUACCCGUAAAGUAGUUGUCAAUAAGGCUGCAAGUUCUCAAGACACACAAAAGACCGUAAUUAAAGCAAUUUCCGACAAAACUACAGUCGAUACCACUCAAAACAUCGUUACUUAUCAAAAAACCGACGGCGCUUUCGAAUUAAGUAAAGAAAUAUCCGAGACUCUUGAUGUUUCCUCAUCUGAAUCUUUAGUUGCCUCUAUACAUAAAUAUCAAAUUAGCGACAAGUUAAAGAAAUCCGCUAAACCUUCCUGGUGGACUACAGCAGUUACCAUCGCUUACUUGCAAACUACAGCUACGGCUCAUGAUUCGGUCUGGAAAGCUAAAUACGAACAGGCGCGCAAAUAUCUUCAACAAGAAAUCAAUGACACCAGAUUAGAAGAAGAAAUAUUACACGUGUCCAAGAAAUAUGUAGUAGAAAAAAUUACCGAAACUGCUGUUACUCAUACUGCUGUCGCAGUCCAUCAAGAACAUCUUGAAGAGAAAAAGAAAGAAAAAGAGAAGGACAGCAUCUUUAAUCUAUCGAAUAUUGCUAAAGGCGUCACCGGUAUUGGCUUAGCAAUUGGAGGUGUCGCUCUCUGGAAAUCUCAAGAAAAACAAAAAGAAGCAAUUACUAAGGUCCAAUCCGAUACCACAAUUGAAAAGACAAAUACUAUUAUCUCGACUCAACAAACUGAUGGUUCCUUCCAGCUCAGUAAGGAAAUAUCAGAUCAUCUUGAUGUUUCCUCCUCUGAAACAUUAGUCGCCUCGAUCUAUAAAUAUGAGUUUAGUGAAAACCUAAAGAAAAAAGCAAAGAUAUCCUGGUGGACAACCGCAAUCACUCUCGCCUAUCUCAAACAUAUUUCCUCCGCUCAUGAACAACACUGGAAAGUUAAAUAUGAAGAAGCUCGUAAAUACCUUCAACAACAAAUCAAUGAUGCAAAAUUGGAAGAAGAAAUUCUUAAAGUUUCCGAAACUUACGUAGUAGAAAGGGUUACUCGUAAAGUAGUUGUUAGCGAUGUGGUGAAAUCCGAAGAUACACAAAAAACCGUAAUCCAAGAGGUAGCGAAGAAAACUACAGUUACAACCACCGAAACGAUUAUCUCUUCACAACAAUCCGAUGGUUCCUUCGAAUUGAGUAAAGCAAUUUCUGACCAUCUUAACGUUUCUUCUUCCGAAACUUUGGUUUCCUCAAUCCAUAAACAUAAAGUCAGUGAAACUCUCAAAAAAUCUGCCAAGCCUUCCUGGUGGACUACAGCAGUUACACUCGCAUAUCUCAAAAAUACAGCAUCGACCCAUGAUCAAAUCUGGAAAGAGAAAUAUGAACAAGCUCGUAAAUUCCUUAGCACGGAAAUCAAAAAUGCUGAAUUAGAAGAAGAAAUCUUGCGAGUCUCCAAUACUUAUGUAGUCGAAACAAUUACCCAUAAAGCUGUCAAUGAAACUGCUGUUAAAGUCCAUGAGGAGACCUUAAUAGAAAAAGGAUCAUCUUUUGUAUCUAAAAUAACCUCGGGAAUUACCAAAGCCGCUACCGAUGCCAAAGAAGCAGCUACCAAAGUUGCGGAGGGAACUGCUGCUACAGUUAAAGGAACUGUAACGCAAGGAAUUGAUAUUGCCGGACAAACUGUCGAUAAUGUUAAACAAGAAAUUUCCAGCACCGGUGAAACUAUUAAAGGAACUGUAACACAAGGAAUUGACAUUGCCGGACAAACUGUCGAUAACGUUAAACAACAAAUUUCCCACGCAGGCCAGGUUAUAAAAACUGAGGUUCAACAAGUAACCGCAAAACCACAGCAGACUAAAGUAGAGAAAGAAGAAAAGAAAAGCGCCAUAUUGGAAAAAGCUGCUGCUGGACUAGUUGGAAUUGGAGUCGCUGCUAGUGGCGUUGCUCUUUGGCAUUACAACAAGAAACAAAAAGAAACCCUCUCAGAAAUCCAAGCCACAACUACAGUCGAAACUACUCAAAAAGUUAUCACUUCUCAACAAACCGACGGAUCCUUUGAACUAAAUCAUGUUAUAUCCGAACACCUUGAUAUUUCUUCCACGGAAACAUUAGUCACUUCGAUCCAUGAAUAUCAUCAAUUUAGCGAGAGACUUAGAAAAUCAUCCAAACCUUCUUGGUGGACCACUGCCGUUACUCUUGCCUUCCUUAAACAUGUUUCCUCGGGUCAUGAAGAACGUUGGCAUGAAAAGUAUGAACGUGCCCGAAAGUAUCUCCACGAUGAAAUUAAUGAUGCUCAAUUAGAAGAAGAAAUUAUUCAAGUUUCCGAAAAAUAUGUUGUCGAAAGAACCACCCGGAAGAAAAUUAUCUUUGAAGCCGCCAAGGAGAAAGAUACACAAAGAAAAGUAAUUGAGGAGGUUGCUAAAAAUACAUCGGUUGAAACUAUUCAAAAUAUCGUUUCAUCUCAUAAAGCCGAUGGUUCAUUCGAAUUAAGUUCAGAACUAUCAAAGACCCUUGAUAUUUCUUCCUCGGAAACUUUAAUUUCGUCCAUUCAUCAACAUCAACAAAUCAGCGAAAAACUUAAGCAAUCCUCAAAGCCUUCAUGGUGGACAACUGCGAUGACUCUCGCAUACCUUCAACAUACGGCCGGAGCUCAUGAUACUGUAUGGAGAGAAAAAUAUGAACAAGCACACAAAUACCUUAGCACUCAAAUUCAGGAUGCUAAAUUAGAAGAAGAACUAUUGCAGAUUUCCAACACAUACGUAGUCGAAAGAAUCACCUAUAAAGCAAUUUCCCAAAGUACAGUCGUUCAUAAAGAUAAAUUACGUCAAAUUCAUUCUUACGAAACACAAAUGGAAAUUUUAACUCAACUCCAAAAGGCCUAUCCCGUCGAGCUUGCCCAGCAAGCAAUCUUGGGACAAAAAGACGAUGGAUCUUUUGAAAUUAAUGAAUCUGUCUCUCAACAAAUUAAUGUUAGGAAUGAUAACUUAACCGAAUCGAUUGAAGUAUACGAAGUCAGUGAGAAACUUAAACAAGUUGCCAAGCCAGCUUGGUGGAAAACAGCAAUCACCCUUGCAUACCUAAAGAAUACAGCCGUUGUCCACGAUUCCGUAUGGAAAUCUCAUUAUGAACGAGCUCGUAAAUAUCUCAGCACCGAAAUUCAAGACGAAAAAUUGGAAGAAGAAAUUCUGCAGAUUUCCGAUAAAUUAGUCAUUGAAAGAGUUACUUCAAAUGUUAAGAUUGAAACUCAAGUAAUCGAAUAUGACCCCGAAUUAGAAAAAAGUGCCUUGAAUUCUUUGCGUACAUCUGCGUCUGUUGAGCUGGCAACUACACUCACUAAAUCACAACAAAGUGAUGGUUCCUUUAUUCUUCACGAAUCUAUUCUCAAACAAUUACGUAUAAUCUCAUCCACCGAAUUUAGCUCUUCAAUUUACAAACAUAUCCAAAAAGAAAGGCUUCGUUCUUUGAAUAUUUCUGUUUGGAAUACCGCUUUUACUCUUGUCUACUUGGAGGUAGUUCUUGAUCAACAUAAACAACAUUGGCAAAAUGAAUACAAACGUGCACGGGAUUGGAUUCAUCAGCAAAUUAAAGAUGAAGAAUUAGAAAUUGAAAUAUUAGAAAUCUCGCGCAAUUGCUUGAUUGAAAACGCCGUAUCUGUUCAUACCGCUAAAUUUGAAAAAAUUCAAGAAGUAAUUCAUUCAUCUAAAAGUACCGCUACUACCACAAUGAUUGAUUCCGAAAUACUUGUUGUUGGUGCAUCUUAUGAAGCUCUUCGUAAAUAUCGUUGCAGCCGUUCUAAGACUACUCAGGUUAAACCUCAUGAUCCUGUCGAAGCUCAUAAACAAGUUGAAAAAACUGCUAGAGAAGAAAUUGAUCGCUUGUUUACAAGCAAGCAUAUUCGUGGUGAUAAUGAAGAAAUUAAGAAGCGUGCAGUUGCUGCCGCUCGUUUCCUUAUCGAUGAAUAUUACAAGGAUAACGAUUGUGAUUGUGACAGUUAA